CUGUCCAAUUCCGUUAAUUACGGACUUGACCAUUUUUCCCUUUACUAGGGGGAGCUGGUUCCUUUCAUUUAAUCCUAAUGGAUCUUGUGACAAAUAACGAAUUCAUUGGCAUAUCCAAUAACAUCCUAGCAGAUCUAAAAGUUCUGUGAAUUUCUCAGUAUAUUUUUAAAUUUUAGUCAAGCUAUCCGUAUUGGGAAGAUGUAGUCAGUAAGGCUGGGAAACUUCAUUCGUCCAUAAAUUUGGUUGCACAACAUUCUGCAGCUUUCUUUGACGCAAUUCAAAAGGUUGCUGACCUAGCCUCUCGUGCAUCUGGUGGCGGUCGCGAAAUCGGAGCCUGCCUCACUCGUGUCUGUCUCCGUCAGCGCCGACUACAAACGAAAUUGAAAUCACUCAGCAACCAUUUACUAACCAGUGUGGCCACACCGUUGUCGACGAAAGUGGACGAAUGGCGCCGCGCGCUCGUCCAGCUAGAGAAAGAUCGGGCCAGACAAACUAAACGGACGCGCACUGAUUUGAAGCGAUUAGUCUCCGAAGCAGCUCACUGGCAGAAGAAAAUGGCCAAGUAUAACAACUCCGGUUCGACUUCUCUUGGACCCGGCGUUGGUCACGGUAUUCUCCCGUUAGGCGCCACAAAAGCCAGUGAAGUGGCUAUACAAGCGAGCAACGCGAUGCGUUUGUUGCACUCAAAGGCCGAGUUGUACGAAGCAUCCGAGAAGUCCUCUAUACGCAGCCUAAUGCUUGAAGAACGAAAAAGAUUUUGCUUUUUUCUUACGUGUCUGCUUCCGGUACUGGAGUGUCAGGUUAGUAUGCUCAGUGAGAUAUCGGCCCUCGAGGAGUUGAUUCAGUCACUCGCCGAUUCCGCAAGCACCCCGGACCGAUUGACGGAGGAUGCUGAAUCCAUGCUUGUGUAUGCAAGCCGUGGUGAAUGCAUAUUUCAUCCGGAUAGCGCACAUUCUUCCGUUUACGAUUUGGACCGAUCGAGUAGUCUGAUCGCGGCGGCUGCAACCACCUUUGUGGUAAAUCAUGAUCGCGCUCCGACUAGAUCCGACGAAACGGACUCAAGCCAUUUGCCAGUAGAAGCGAAUAUGGAACGGAAGGAAGAGGACCGCCUGGACACAUGCAAUCUUGCCUCGUCCACUCAGUCUAGUUUCCACGCUUAUGGUUUUGGAUCAUGUAGCCCUGCUGUUUCAAGUAUGAACUCCGCUCCGGAAAAUAGGGAAAAUAGAAUCAAUGACGGGGAUGCCAUUGCUUGUGACUUCGACCACCUGUCCAGUUCUGCUAGUGAUGCGACGAGUUUAUCCAUCGGCGGCGUUAGCUCGCACAGCAGCAGUGACGGCACUGGCAAUGCAACCCACAGAUCGCCCGGAUGCACCGCCGAACAAACGCUCGUUGGCGAUAAGCAGCUCAGUAACUGCUCGCCUGUUGGCCAUAUGAUGGGCUCUGACAACCAUAUGACCCUAACUUCGGAUCCACAUUCUUCAGAGGCGGGUUCACAGGACGAAACGCAAUUUCAAACCCUCUGUCGUCCCGGCCACUAUCGAUUACCGCGUAGCUGCGCUGCUUUCAUUGCCGCCAAUGGAUCUCAGCCCCAAAUAGAGAAAGCAGCCUUCAUUUCGCAUAACCCUGACAGUAUCGUUGAUCAGGAAUGGUUACGUCAUUGCGAUGGGAGUGAUGAAGAAAAUGAUACUGAUGAUGGGGGGGAUGAGGAACAGAAACCUGCGUCAGACAUCGAGGCUGUUGGCAGCUCGAUGGCUAGGUUAAAUUCCACACUGGUAAACCCACUGGAUGACGAGGAUGAUGCUGGGGGCGAGUAUGUUCGGGUUCAAGAAGACAUCGAGGAACUUCACUUCGCGCCUCCUCAACCGGUCCCGAAUGAGGCGCUAGAUGACAAUGGACACUUAGCUGUCACUGAUUCCUGCGGGCUGAAUUCCGGUAGACACACUAUCAGUUCUGUGUACGAAAGGAGCGGCAAUAUUGGCACACGCACCCCUAUCCAUCACCUGGUCUUCAACCCACUGAUUUCCAAAUCCUCAUCGAAGGACAGUGGUAUGGCCUCAUCCACAGUGCUCUAUCCAAACCAAGCCCUACCUCCUCCAGUGUACACUAAUCUAACCCAGUUGGCUGACGCUGCACAACGCAAGUUCUCCAUACCCCGUAGUAGUGGUCUUUGCAACCCCAAUCGCCAGCUAUUACCGGUGCAUCCAUCGGCGGGAGGUGGGUGUUCAGGGCACGAGUUGACCCCCCGCGACUAUUUACCAAACGCAACUCGACCACGCCCCACGGGUCACAUGUCAUCGGUCCGCUCUGUCCCAUACGAUUUCUUCGGCACAGCGGAGUCACCGAACUCUCGCGCGGGGCCCCUUGAUUCCCGGACCUGUUCGAAUGGCUUGGAUCCGUUCAGUGUUGAAAUGGACGAGUUGGACAAAUUAGGUGCCACAGGUCAGUUACACUCAUCUGCCAUUCACGACCCAUAGUUGCCAUUUGCGUGCAUGGCACAUGAUCUUUCCCUUUCAUCAUGGAGUGAAUGAUCCAAUUUCUCCGUCAGUCAACCGUGAAGAAAUCACGAACGUUGUGAGUUGAAAAUCUGUUGAGAAGCUUAAAUAGAAGCAAGCAGCUAGUUAACGGUUAUCUUUGUAGUUGACCAUAAAUGCCCACUACUCUCUAGAUUUGGGCUAUGAAGUUAGUUUCGGUAGCACCAUGCGGGAUGUUGACGAGAAAUACUGGCAGUACUCCAUUUCUAGAUCUAACUCACACGGGUUCCGUAGUAAACACCUAGUUUGUUAUCCAUCGUACUGUCAACUGCGUCUUUGUUUUCAGCAAAAUUAUUUCUGGAUAACGCAAUGGAUUCUUCUCCAUAAACUGACCAAAAAGUAUUGUGGCAGUUGAUACGGUUUGCCGGAAAACCGUCGUUUGUGUCAGAUUUUGCAUCUUUCUGGCUUUGGACCUGGACUUGCGUGCUGUUUCACUCCCAUUUUGCGCUUACUGCUGUGAGAACAACCAGUUGUAGGUAAACUCGUGCGCAGGCAUUUGCGCAUUCACCGUUUUCUGGUUACCACUUUUUUGAUUGUUUUACGCCGGUGAAUACAUGUAUGGUCUGGUCAACGCAGAAGUAUCGUCUGGCUAUGUUUUCGCCUUACUCCUGCUAAAUUCUUCUCCAUGUUCGGUUAAGUCAAUCAGAUUGACCCAUGCUUAUCCCCGUACAACAUGCGGUGAGCUCAGUCGCUUUGAUUCUCAUCACCUUGAGAGUUAGACUGCCAGUAAAACUGUAAAUAGUCAGGAGCAAGGGUACUGUUUCAAGAAUUUUACCGGUUUCACCACAUCUCUUUAUGCGAUAGAGUUUCUCUAAACACCGGGUUGUAAUCGGUUCUGAAGCUGUCAUCCAGUACCAUGGUUACUCCAUACUUCUUUUGCUAUUUUUUCUCUUAUCUGCCGCUCUGGAUCCUAACCGAAGCAUGUGCAGUCUAAGCAACCAACACACCUCGGUAGGCAAUCCGGUGCGAAGUCGUGUCCGUUAUUAAGGCCCAGCUAGUCGACAUCAACCAGCAGUCAUCCAGCAAUGUUAUGCUAGAUAAACUCACUAAUAAGAAAUACUAGGAGUAGUGGUUGGACAUUUUACAAUUCAACAAAAUACUUUGUGCAAACACUUUGUGCAAACACCUGCACUGUUAAUGAUUCGUGAUCACAAACAACUAGCUAUCGUGUUAUCACUGGGUGACAUCGAAGAAACAGCUUCUCUACGGUUUCCACUACUCUACACCAUAAUCAGUCGUAUCCCGCUAAGUAUCCAGCAUCUCACACUAAAUAGGCACUGGCUGGGUGACAGCAACAAACAUGCAGCUAGCGUUGAUUGUUUUUUUAUUAUCCCCAACCAUGCACAGGGUUAUUCGCAUGGACUUCUCUAUGGAAGGCGAAACAAACCAACAGCACCGAGGUUAAUCGUCGAUGAUUCCACUUCCUGCUACCAAGUCAGUUACUGACUCCUCCUCCGCACCUUACAUAAUACUAGAUCAGGUAGACAAAACACUGUCCACUGUAACCAGUGAGUGGGCACACGUAUCGAGUGCCGAACCAGCGUCAUGUAUUCAUAGUUUACAGACACACGGAUGUCACACGCUACAUCCACGUUCCAUAGGCAUCGAUGAUCAAAGAUUUGAAGACACAUCAGGUACUCAGGCCAAAUGGGUCAUGCAUGACUUCAAAAGAAGAGAGCACCUUCAUUGGGAUCCUUUAAACACGCCAUUUAAGAACACAGGUGUUUCCAAUAGUGCCACAGAUUCAUUUCAGGGUUUUUCAUCAUCUUAGCAGUCUCAUCUCCAUUGCCACCAAAAUGAGUGGAUUGAUCAAGGUUGCCAUUUCGUCGUCAUCAACGAUUAGAGGACUACCAGGUAGAUUAACUGAUGAUCCUGCGGCAGAAGUGUAUUUUAAAUGGGGAAGAUCACCCACCAACGGACGGGGCAACUCCAGUGAGCUUGUUAAGGGUUCAUUGCGUUAAUUCACACCUGUUAGACAAGUUAAUCUGUUUCCCCGGCAACAUCUCAUUACCCACACUUCUACAGAGUAGUAUGGCAAUUCUGGAUUUUUUGCGCAGACUCGUCGCAACAUCAUCAUCAUCAACAGCAGUACAUCAGCCAUUUGAACUGAUGCUUCGCUGACAUACAACCAUGAGGACCUAUG